AAGCCCCAGAGGCAAAUCUCAAUCUCUCCCCAUUCUUUGUUUACGAAUAUUUAUCUUUAACCACCGAGAUCCCUUGGCAACUUAUCCUGCCAACGCUCUUUUCUAAACUUUGAACCAGAUUUUGGAAAUCUACCACGUGCCAACAGGCAAAUCACACUCCUUUACUUUUCUCUUGACGAGAGAAGCCGAAACGAAAAAAGAAAAAAAGUACAAUUACAAGAAUAGCGAAGAUGCAGAUUGUAUCCUUCCUCGUUGCCGCGCUGGCUGCCGGUACAGCCACGGCUCACAUGAACAUGAAGGACCCUCCCCCAUUGGCGUACAAGGGUAACCCGAACGCUAAGGACCCGAAUAUCGACUACUCUAUCACUUCUCCCCUCUCGGGCGCCUCCCAAUUCCCUUGCAAGGGUUAUCUCAAGUUGCUCGGUACCCCCGAGGGUGCUUCCGUCAAGACCUACGCCCCCGGUGGUCAGUACACCAUGAGCGUCGAAGGAGGUGCCUACCACAACGGCGGUAGCUGUCAACUCUCCUUGUCCUACGACCAGGGCAAGACCUUCAAGGUUAUCAAGUCCUUUAUCGGUAACUGCCCUACCGCUUCAGGUGGCACCUUUGGGUUUGACGUCCCCGCCGAUGCUCCCGAGGGCGAUGAGGUCGUUUUCGCCUGGACCUGGGUCAACAAUACUGGUAACCGUGAAUUCUACAUGUCUUGCGCUGUCGUCUCCAUCAAGGCUGGCGGCGCCAAGCGGGAGCUCCCCGCGGCCAACAUGAAGCGUGGCGUUGCCUUCUCCGACCGCCCUGAUAUGUUCGUUGCGAACCUUGGUGGCGAGUACUGCACUGCGGAAGGUGUCGACACUGUCUACCCCGAGCCUGGCCCAGAUGUUGAGGACACGUCUACCAAGCCCGGUGCUGCUAAGAUCUGUGCCACUGGUGCCGACGCUCCCAUGGGUGAUACCUCUGGCUCUGGCGGCUCUGGCUCCGCUCCUGCUCCCUCGGCUAGCUCUGCUUCCGCUCCUUCGGCUAGUUCUGCUCCCGCCCAGCAGCCUUCUUCUGCCGUGGAGCAGCCUACUCAGGCCGUGCCUUCACUUCCCGGCGGUGUUUUCGUAACUCAGCCACCCGCGAGCAAUGGCGAGGCCACUCCUACCCCGGCUCCUACUCCUUCGACUCUAUCUACUGCCAUCAUCCCGGGUACCAGUGCUGGUGCUUCUUCGGCUGCUCCGGCGCCUACUCCCUCAUCCCCCGCUGGAAGCCCUGUUAACCCCGGCACCCCCACCAGCAGCGCUAAGACCCCGACCUCAACCGGUGGUGCCGGUGCCGGUGCCGGUGCUCAGUCUGGUGCUUGCUCCAACGAGGGUGCUUGGGCUUGCGCCGCCGAUGGCUCUUCGUUCCAGCGAUGCGCUGCCGGCCAAUGGAGCCAGUCCAUCCCCAUGGCCUCGGGCACCAAGUGCACUCCCGGUGUCAGCGACAGCUUCCAGAUGGGCCGUGCCCGACGAAGCCGUGUUCGCCGCGCCGCUAACAUCUAAGUCGGAUGGUUUAGCCAACAUACAAAUCCUU